GAAACUAACACGUCGCAAGCUCGGAUCACCUACCGGCGUAGUUUCUUCUCCUCCGUUCUCUCGUCUCUUGUACGCAAAGAAAGGCAUGUCCGCUAGCCCGCUGCUAAAACCCUAACCUUACGACCAAGGAUUUCACCCGCCAUGCCCGUCCAUCUCGAAACCCACCCCCUUCGGCGGCUCCACGCUCGCCGGACCGGCUGGCUCGUGCUCACCCGAUUCUGCUCUCGAGAUCCUCUAGUCCCUCCUCGUUGCCGGCGCCGACCAGGGGUGCUGUCCCGGUUUUAAGGUGCUGGCCUUCAGAAAGGGCCGGCCUUUGGAUCAACCUUCGGAGCCCGUGUCGGUUUUCCGCCAAGAUGGCAUCUUGGAUCGGUUUCCCCUUCCAACUUUAAGGAUUCGUCGGUGGAUGACUUCAUUUAUCUGGAGUCGGGAUCCAAGGAGGAUACCGACACGGUGUAAUGGGAUAUCGACGUCUCUUCUUCUUAUUCUUCUUGCAUUGUUGGAUUGGGCGGUGGGGAUGAUGGCGGGUUGCUACUGAUUGGGCCAACACUGAUGCCAUGGGGGAAUUGGCGAUUGCGGGUCAUGCUCAGGCAUUACUAGAAUGGCAUAACGUGUGGCAUUUCUUUGGGCAUUGUGGAGCCUUCCCAAUGAUGCAGGGAGCCAUAAGCAGUGCACAGAUGCGUCCUGCAAAAAGAGAAUUUAUCCUCGAGUUGGUCCUAUAUGAUGCUCAAUGGCACAGCAGAGAGGAUGUCAAGAAGGCAUCGACCUUUGCUGAAUGCAAGAAAGCACAAAGAACCGUGGAUCCGCUACCUUCAAGGUCAACCAAAUGUGCAAGGGUGUUGCGAAAGAUCAGAACUUCUCAUCGGACUUCAAUGCCGAAGCGGGAAGCUGGCUCCAAUGAUUAUUUCUAUACCCUUUGCCGCCGCUCAUCAUCUGAUCUCUUCAUGGGUUCAUGAAGGUGCACCUGAUAACCCCAAAUUCUAGCGGAAGCAGUUGAAUUAUGUUUUGUCACUUGAUUUUUACUGUUGAUUAGCAUCUGUCAUCUGACAGCUUGGCUGACAAACUGCUGAACUGAGGUCCUUGACUGGGCCUAUAAAACCAGGUUUUGAUUCUCACUUUUUUCUGUACAUCGGCACCUCACCUCGUUGGAGUGAUCAUAUUAAGGAACCUAAGCUAUUGUUUUGCGGGUUUUCAUGUUUUUGUAUUAUGUGGCCUGUGUAUCAUAAAAUUGUCGUUGAAUAAUUUGCAAUUACAGCAUGCUAUUUAUUCUCUA